CGCGCCGUUCACGGUGUGGUUCCACGGAAGUUGUGAGAGCGUGCUCCCCAACACAAUCAAAACAAUGAAAGCUAUCAUUCAGAGGGUCACCAGGGCGACUGUGACAGUGGGAGAGGAGCAGGUCAGUUCAAUAGGACGGGGACUGUGUGUACUGCUGGGUAUAUCUGUGGAGGACACCCAGAGGGAUGCUGACUACAUAGUACGCAAGAUCCUGAACCUGCGGCUGUUUGAGGACGAGAACGGGCGAGCAUGGAGCAAGAGCGUCAUGGACCGGGACUUUGAGGUGCUGUGUGUGAGCCAGUUCACCCUGCAGUGUAUACUGAAGGGCAACAAGCCUGACUUUCACUCAGCCAUGCCUGCAGAGCUGGCUCAGUCCUUCUACAACAGCAUCCUGGAGAACAUGAGGAGUGCCUACAAGCCAGAGCUUAUCAAGGAUGGGAAGUUUGGAGCCUACAUGCAGGUGCACAUACAAAACGACGGACCUGUUACCAUUGAACUGGCCUCACCUGCUGGUCCCACGGACCCCAGACAGCUGUCAAAGCAGGAGAAGCAGCAGCAGAGGAAAGAGAAGACACGCUCCAAGGGCCCCUCAGAGUCAGGCAGGGAGAAGGGCGCCCUGCGUUCCCGACAGGACCCAAACGCCAGUAGUGGAGCAGAGGGUGAUGUGUCUUCAGAGAGGGAGCCCUAGGUUAGCAGGACAGUUUGACAGAAGCCCUGAGAGACCUGAACACAUGAGAACUACACAGUGCUGAGAAAAUUUACAGCUGUGCCUCUGCAAGAAAUUGCGCAGUUUUUUUUUUCUUUUGCACUGUCAACAAAUACAGUUGCCCCCAAAAAUAGUUCUCGCCUAUUUUAUACUGGUGUCAUGUACGAUAUGGCAGCUUUAAAUUUGCAGUCCCCUCACCAUCUCUGUUUUCCACAUCUCCUUUUCCUGUCUUUGCCUGCUCCCUUUGUUGUUGUUGACAUUGCGGUGAAACUCGGCAACGCUCAUGAGAGACAGACCUGUUUGUUUCUCAUUCUGGGGCUCGUACUGCGGGGGUGAGGAGGGGGAGAGGAGGAGGUUGGGGUUUCUCUUAUUUGCCUUCAGUAUUUGUUUACUAGUGCAAAAACAGUUGAGUUCUGGGAGAAUAGAGAUGGGGAGGCAUUGACUCAGCCCCCCCCCCCCCGUGUCCCUUCUGCUCUCCCUGCUGAGGCUGCUGCUGCUGCUGCUGGCUCCUGUGGCACAGCUCCUCUCCCUGUGUGAACUCUCUGGCAGACACGCACGUUAACAGAUACGUCGUCAAACCGGCACUAUAACUGCACUUUAACAGCGGCCAUACUUCCUGCUCCUCUGUUCUCACAGACGUGUACAGUUACAUACUGAUAAAAACAUUCGAAACAUCUGCAGUUCAACACUGAGGUGUGUUGCCUUCUUUUUGUCUUGUGUGGUACUGCUUCAUCUGUUCUGUAACACCCUAUACACACACACACACACCCUGUCCCGUGUGGGACCUUGUAAACCUGUAGUGCUAUCCCAAACUCUUCUACAGCAGGGGGGCCCGCUCUGUAAUCCCCAUGUGCAUGUUGGGUAAACAUGUGCCCCAAGACAUGGAAGCCUCAGCACCUUGUUACAUAAGUCCUUUUUUGUCUGACAGAGAGCCAGAGAGGGGGAGAUGAGAAGGAAGGAGAAGCUGAAAAAAAAAAAAAAGUCUUAAGUCAAGAGUUAUUUGGUUUUUCAUGUCUGGGUGUGCGGGAGGGGAGUGCACACACAGCACUUCUGGAAGUGUGUGUGUGUGUGUGUGUGUGUGUGUGUGUGUGUGCUGUGGUGGGAGAGGAGGUGGAAGAGGGAAAUUUGGAUGUAAGAGAGAUGUCAGACAAGGGGCUUGCUUGCUCGGCUUUGUCACUGCAUAUUUCAAAGAGGGAAUUGGUGUUCCUGAGGUUUGCUUUGCAUGACUUAAACAUGAGCAGUGUGCGCUUCCCUCCGAAUGAGUAAUCUCUUCUGGUCUUCCUUCCUUCCUGUCUGCAGUGUUGUAAUUUUGAUAUAAACAGCUUACAAGAAGGUUUGUGCUGCUCGUCAGGCUGCUCUGAGCAAUUUCCAGCCCACACUGAAAACUGGUUUUCUAAUUGUUUGCAAAUCACCUAUUCCAGACCUGUCAGAGACGUUUUCACAGAGUAGAUGUAAGUUCCAUUUUAAAAUUUUUGUAUGGCUGCUUUCACAGUGUUGUGCCUUUUUAUUACUUGAUAAAGCCUGCGGUCACAUUCUUUCUUUGUGCAAACCUGCUGAAAAACCUGCUAAUAAAAUGCUGAUUCCACUUUAAACUUUCAUCACUUUUUUUCACUGUCUCUGUUCACCUAAUAUAUGUCUGAAUGAGGGCAACCUGUGUCUGAGGCUGAACUGAUCGACUGCGAGCUAAUAUGAAUGGUGUCACUCAUGCUGAUGAACAUAACUCUGCAGGUCCUCUCAGCUGUGAGGACGGUUUUAGCAUCUUUCAGCUCAUUCUUUUGGUUUUCUGCUCCACGAGGUUGUUCACAGAAAUGAAUUUAAAACGCUGACAAAAAUGUGCUCCAAACAAAAGCUAAUGUUGCGCCCUAUCUACAGGAUGUGUUAAUACGCAUGUGUUUGCUAACGUGUUCGCCUUAAGAACGUUAUAGAGGUGUUAAUAUGUCAGUGUUUUUAGCUUUAGUCAAUUAAUGAAGCUUUAAAGUGAGAAGGUGUAAUUUCUGUAAUUUUUCUAACAUUAGCCCUUAAGCUUUAUUUUUGUUUGUUUUCACGUGGUUCUCAUAAAUGGCAGACGCUUUAAACUUUAAAAUCCUUUUUCUAAACCUUUGUUGAUUCACGAUAACACAAGAGCCAGAGACCAAAAUGACUCUGUUC